AUGUUGAAAGCGUCUACAUCAAUGAGUCGUCCUCUCGACAAAAGGCUCGAUAAGCAAUCCGACAGUCAAGAACUUUUUAAAGCCGGGUCGACAUUCGCACCAAGAAUCCAAUCUAACAAUCAAAUUAGUACGGAUAACGAAAGCGAAGUAAGAAAACUUUCAGAUUCUGAAAAAGAGGAACAGACAAAAGCAGAAAAAAAUGGCCUUAAACCUAAGGCUUGGAAACCCGUCGCCGAAGGGGAAACAAAUGGUGACGUAAUUAAAGAGUCUAAUGGCACUACAAUACAUACUAGCAGUGAUUCUCCGGACAACAAAAUAUCGGAUAAAUUGGAUAGCCCAACGUCUUCUUCAACGCCCAACGAUUCAUCCGAAAUGAGUUCGCUAUCAGAAUCGCCAUCCUUAUUGCAUGAUGAUCCAAAGCAUAAAAUUUCUAACAUCACUGCUACUAGCAUCACAUCUGAGGAUGAAUCAUCGUCGAAAAUGGAUGCAUUAGAAAAUAAUCGAAUGUGCAAAAAAAGACGCUGGGAUGAGCGUGACCAAAACGAAAAUGAAGACGAUGGUAGUACAUCUACAAUCUAUAAGCCAGAAGGCAUGAUUCUUUUCUAUUUUAAACCAUGUUUGCAAUUAUGUAUCAAAAUCCAAAAGCACAACAAAGAUCGAAUUGAUCUUUCAGAGUUCAUUGUGACAGAUGCGAAAGAAAUGCAUUCAUGUGCAUCCCAUAAUAUUUUCCGGGAACACGAUGAAAAUGAUAAACCACGAGUUGAAGUCCAAGAAGAUCUAAAAAAGAUUGAAAUAGACUUUGUACAACUGAGAGAUCAACUUUAUCGUGAACAAAUCCAAGAACUUGAUAAAGAAAUUGCGGAAAUAAAACAAGGAGUUCAUCCUGAUCAAAUAUCGUGUAUGGACGAAAUUGAUAAGAAACGGAGAAAACGUUCAGAGAUAACAUCAUCACGGAAACGAUAUCAAGAAUUGCAUUGUCAAAGACAAUAUGAAGAAUCGGAGUAUAGAACACACCGCCAAUUCUUGUCAGAUCGUUAUGCACUGAAGAGGCAUAUACUAGAUGAUUUGGAAAACCGUCGAUUUAAGUUGAUAAGAGAAAAGAAUAAUCUUGAUGAUUCUUCACGCAUUGAAUAUUUGGCACCAGAUCAAAGUUAUCUGAAACAACUUCAAGAUCAACGGUUACAUAUUUUAAAAGAAUUAAAAUAUUUACAAGAUAAUCAUGAUCCAUUGCAUGCUGUUGACAUUGACGAAGAUUUUGCAUUGAUGGGGAUUUCGAAAGAAACAUUCGUCCAAGUUCGUGACCUAUCCCCAUCAUCCACAUCACCUCAAAUAAGUACAAUGCCGAGACCAAACAUAUCGGAUAAUAAUAAUAAUCCGUUUCUUUCGCAGGAGUAUCUUGAUUUAAGUUCAUCGGGAGAUCGGUUUUUGCAUUUGGGGCAAUCAUUCAAAAAAGGAGACGCUGUUCUCGUAAUCGAUUCUACGUCUGGUCGAUAUACAGCCAAAUUUUUGGUUGCAACAGAUUCAGAGGUGGUAAUACAACGACCUGAUGGUUCAAAAACGAGACUUCAAAUGAAUUUAUUGAAAGAAGGCAAAUAUCAAAUACAUUUAAAGGAUUCAAAGGA